GGGCAUUUGAGUAAUUUACUAAAGCAAAACAAUUUCCUCCUGUUUUCUUAUUAAGCAAAAAAAAAACCACCUUCGCAAAUUUUGCUCUCCACAUUUUGGUCUGGAAAACCUCAAACGACAGCUUUGUGCUUAGUUCAAGGAAACAGCAAUGGAUGCCGACGAGAGAUUAAUAGCUUUAGAAAAGGCAUAUACGGAUGUAGUCUUGAACACAGAGAAAGAAGCAGCGACGAGGAUUAUGGUGUCGGAACAGAAAGCUCAAUGUUUUCAAGAGGAGCUCCAAGUGGUGAAAGAAAAGGGGCUAAUGACGCUGAUGAAGCUCAAAGAGAUGAUGGAUUCUAAGAUUAUUGAAGCAGAGUUAACAUCGUUGAGUCAACAGAGGAAGAUUGAAGAACUUGAAUCUCAACUAGAGGAAGCAGAAGAUAUUGUAAGUGAUCUCAGGGUUGAGUUGAGAGAAGUUCAAGCUGAACUUGAGAAAGUCGCCAGCAAAGAAAAAGAAAAAAACCAAUCACUGGAUGUUGGUAGUGAUCUCAGGGUUGAAUUGAGAGAAGUUCAAGCUGAACUGGAGAAAGUCACCAGCAAUGAGAAAGAAGAAAAGCAAUCACUGGAUGUUGAUAGUACUAAUCCUAGAGAACUUACAAAGGACAACACAGUUGUACUGCCUCCAGAAUCUCAGGAUGAUUCUGUGACAACUUCUAAUAUGGAAGUUGACAGUAUGAACCAGAAAACUAAGGGCUACCAUUCUUGUCAUACAAAGGUUAUCCCCGGAAAUUGUUUUGUUGCUAGUUCGGAUUUAAGUUUGACAGGCAAAGCGCUAGAGUUACACCUAAAUGGACAUACACAGAUAAUUCAUGCUGCUGAAGGAAAUCUGUCAGAUAGGGAAAUCAUUCAAAAUGAAACAUUUUCUGAACAUUCUUUGAAGUUGGAAAACAUGACAACCAAUAAUUUCUUGACAGAUGAUUCAACUGUAGCCAGAGGCAGUGCUCCAAGUGAAGAUCCUUCUGAGAUGGCCCAAGGAUUGUCCAUAGGAAAAGGUGAGCAAGGCAUGGAGAUGGGAUAUGCAGAAAGUUCUGAUAAUAAACCGCAGUCUAUUGAGGCUUCUGGUGUUCAUUAUGAAAUAGAUGAGCAUGAGGACUUGAUGGGAAAGAUGGAUCUUUCAGAAGAAGAUAUUGAGAAUGUUUGCAAUCAGUUGUUCUUUAUAAAAGAUCUUUGCAAUCAACUGUUAAAGUCAGAGUCAAGUGUGACUGAUGUAAACAAUCGGGUCCCUAGCCAACCUAUAAAUGAUAGAGUGUUUAAGUACACAUACAAAAGAAAGAGGAAAAGAGAAUUGUUGAGUGUAUCUGAUGAGAAAGCUUCAAUUGCAGAGAACUCUCAAACAAAAAACAUGUGUGAAACUAGAUAGUCUUUUCAAGACACAGGAUGAGUUCAGUGACAGAAUCAUCUCAGGACAGUUGGCAAAUGGCAUUAGGUUGCUCAACAGCUAAUGUGUCUCUCUAAGAAGUGCUAGUGAAAUUGUGUGUGCCUUGUCUUCUGUGCUAUAAAAUAAGGAAUGUCUUCUGUCAGCUAUCUCUGAGAUUCAUUAUGUCAUUAAGGAUGGAGGUUUACGAGUGAGAUGCACGAUCCAAUUGAUUGUUUACAUGUCCAGCAGAGGCCGUAUAUAGCCUUAAUGCAUCGGAUAACUUUUUCCCAGAUCAUGUUUUUGUAUCGAGAAAUUCACUAAUUAGUGAACCUAGUUUUAUUGUAUAUUAACUUGAGAUCACUGGAGGAACUUGUAAACUUAAACUCCUGGAUCUGCCUUUGCUAUCCAGUAGGUUAGCUAUCAUUAUUGUAUUGUUUGGAUUUGUAUGCUAUCCUUGUACAAUAUGUAGCUUUCAGACUUGAUGGUGUU